AAUCAAAAUCAAUAUGAUGUCCUGGGUAUUUCUUCACUCAGAUGGAGAGCUACUCCUGAUCAAAUCAAACGUGGCCAUCGAAAGAAAGUCUUACGUCAUCAUCCUGAUCAGAAAGCAGGACAAGCUGGUACUUCAAAUGAUGAUAGCUUUUUCAAAUGUAUUGCUAAAGCCUACGAAGUUCUUUCUGACCCAGUCAAGAGAAGUCAAUUUGAUUCAGUUGAUGAAAUGAUAGAUGAUACGGAUCUUCCUUCUGAUAAAGAUAUGGUUGCUAAACCUGAAAAGUUCUAUAAAGCUUAUGGUGCUGUAUUCGAACGUGAAGGAAGGUUCAGUACCAAACUUCCUGUUCCUAGUCUUGGGGAUGCAAAUAGUACUCGAGAUGAGGUAGAAGCUUUUUACGAUUUUUGGCUCAAGUUUGAUAGUUGGAGAAGCUUUGAAUGGAAAGAUAAAGAUGCUAAUGAAGGUUCUGAUUCACGUACAGAGAAGCGUCAUAUUGAGAACAAGAACCGAUCCGAGCGUGAAGGUCGAAAGAAAGAAGAUAAUGCUAGACAUCGUGGGAUUGUCAAAACCGCACUGGCUUUGGACCCUCAUAUGAAACGAUUUAAAGCUGAAGAACGUCAAGCGCAAGAAGCUAAAAAGAAAAGAAACAAUCCUACCAGUGGAUCAGCCACACCUACUCUCUCAGCUACUGAAAAGAAAGAACAAGAAGAAGCCGAAUUAAAAGCCAAAGCUGAACUCAAAGCA